AAAUACGACGAUUCUUUUACACAAUUCACGAAAAAGCUCACCGAAAUGAAGAUGGGUAGGGCUAACCCUGCCAUUUUUGACAAAUUGAAGGUCAAAAUCGACGAUUCCUACGUGGCGACCUUCCCAGAAAUUGCUAUGACUGCAAUGAAGGGCACAAGCUUUCUCAACAUCACAGUGUUUGAUCCGAGCCACACAAAACGUGUUGUCUCUGCCAUUUUAGACGCCGACAUGAAUCUCAACCCAGAGGUGGAUCCUAAGAACGAACAGCUUUUGAAGGUAAAAUUGCCAAAUUCCACAAAGGAGUUGAAGGCAAAGCAGAUCAAACAAAUGAAGGAGCUCUUGGAUCUGUUCAAGUCCAACGCCACUUUCAAAUACAGUCUACAGUCUAUCAGGGCUUCUUUCAUGAAGGAUCUGAAAAACGUCGAAGGUUCCAAGGACAUUGUGAGAAAGUUGACGACCGAUAUCGACGCCUCCUAUAAGACGUAUGCAGAGAAGUUCACGACAGCAUUUAAAAACACUGAGAAAUCGAUG